GGUGAUCGUAGAGAUCGUAGAGAUCAUACAAAAGUAGUAAUCCGUGACCUGAAGAAUGGAGGGGACCGAGCACAAGUACUAGAAUUUAACCCAUGUUAGUGUGUAGGUUAUGUAUGAACUUUAAUUUGAUUCAGAAUGAAAAUAUCAAGGCGAAGAAAAGUGCACAGAUACUUGAAUUUUUUUUGCAAUAACUACGGUUUCCGACAACCAUAUCAAGUAUUGAUUGAUGGAACAUUCUGCUAUGCUGCUUUAAAGAAUAAAUUUAAUAUUAGAGAACAGACACCCAAAUACAUGGAUGGAGAUGUUAAGUUGUUGACAACACAGUGUGUGAUACAAGAAUCUGCAAACUUAGGUCACAGUAUUUAUGGAGCAACGGUAAUUGUCAAGCAGUUUGCUACCCACAGAUGUGGCCACACUAUGCCAGUACCUGGAUCCAUUUGUUUGGAAUCUAUGUUGGGAGUCAACAAUCCAAAUAGGUAUAUUAUUGCAACGCAGGACAAAGAACUCCAGACUGUUGUACGUAGAAUCCCAGGGACACCACUUCUGUAUCUGCAUCAGAGAGCACCAACAUUGGAACAGCCAUCAGCAGCGAGUUUACGCAUGGCUAGGAUUAAUAGUAAUGAAAAAUUUGGAGUGAGUAAAACUGAUAAGGAUACUCUUACUAACCUAAAACAGAAAAAAUUUGGUGUCACCGAACCUGAGGAACAAAAGAAAAGGAAGAAAAAAAAAGGUGGCCCAAACCCACUCUCUUGCAAGAAGAAAAAAUCUGCAACAAAGAAAGAAACAGUACCAACAAAUAAGAAAAAGAGGAAAAGACUUAAAGUGUCAAAACAUAUGAGGGAACAUUGGGCAUCGCUUGUGAAAGAAGAGUUGGCCAGCAAGAGAAACAGCGUUGCAAGUAAGAAAAACUAAAAACCACUCUGCUAUUUGUAUUAUACAUGCAGUGUUUAGCCUGAACAUGGUCGAGUGUCAAAAUAAUACUGUUUGUGAACAUUACUAUAUGAAUAAACAUACUAUUUAAUAUUUAA